AUAAUACACACGUUUCAUCACGUGUAUAAAAUGUAUAUUUCAGUACUUUCUCUUUCUCUGUCAGAGCAUGGCAGCUGUUGCUAUGCAGAUUUAUCGAGAUAAAUUCAUCUGUUUUGUAACUGGGCAGACCAGGAAAACGCAACCAAUCAGAAUAAUAGCUGUCAGAAAAAUAAUUCUGCUCGACGAAUGACGUUUCAUCUGCUUUUGGUAUCCGGGUAGGUUUUUGACAGCCCACCAAUCGGAAUGGACGUUGGCUUUGUAGUCAGGCAGACAUAACAAAGUCGUCCAAUCACAAAAAAAUCUGAAAGGGGAUUUUUGCUGUAUCUUGGCUCAGAUGGUGGUUCUCAGGACUGGUUAGUCGGUCCAGAUGUCGGAGGACCAGCGGCUCCAGCGGGCCGAAGCCUCCCGGCGAGGCGAGGCCGGCCUGGAGGCGAGCGAGGGCGACACGGAGCCCAGCAUGCUGCUGCAGAGACUCAAAGGAAACAUCUCUAAGAGUGUUCAGACCAAAGUGGAUCAGAUUCUGCAAGAUGUUCAGCGCUUCUCUGACAACGACAAGCUGUACCUGUACCUCCAGCUGCCCUCGGGACCCAGCUCCGGAGACAAGAGUGGUGGUGACUCCAGUUCAUUCAACACAGCCGAUCAGCUGCACACCUGUAACUGGAUCCGCAGUCACCUGGAGGAGCAUUCAGACACAUGUCUGCCCAAACAGGACGUCUACGAGACGUACAAGAGAUACUGUGAGAACCUGCAGCAUCGUCCUCUGAGUGCCGCCAACUUUGGGAAGAUCAUUAGAGAUAUUUUCCCAAACAUCAAGGCCCGGCGGCUCGGCGGCAGAGGACAGUCCAAGUACUGUUACAGCGGCAUCAGGAGGAAAACGGUCCUCAACAUGCCUCUGCUGCCAAACCUGGACCUGAAAAACGACCCGGCGGAGCUGACUGAAUUGGUCCAGACGUACAAACAGGAAGUGACGGAGGCGGCAUGUGAACUGAUCUGCGAUUGGGCGCAGAAGAUCCUGAAGCGUUCGUUCGACACGGUGGUAGAGAUCGCUCGCUACCUGAUCCAGGAGCAUAUUGUCAACCCUCGCUGCAGCCAGGCCGAGCUCGUCACCUCUGCAGCACUCGCAGGAGGUCCAGCCAAACCACACAAGGUCAUCAAGAAAACUCCCGUCAUCUCCAAAGCUGAGAGCGACGGAGCUGCUGAUCAGAAGAGAGAACUCGGGGACUCUUCCUCCUCGUCGUCACUGAAGCUGUCGUCUGGAGACAAAUCAGCUUCAGCAGCCAAACCGUCCUCGCUGGACACUCCGCCUCCUCCCCCCUCCUCUUCCUCCUCCUCCUCCUCGUCUCUGCGGCCGGCGGUCGAAGCCUUCAUGAAGCAGUUACCCAGAAUCCUCCCUCGCAGCUCGAUCCCUGAUAAGGCCCAGCUGUCUGUCCGCUCCUCUCCGCCGUCACUGGCUCCCAAAGACGCCUCUGGUGUCGGGGGGGCAUCUGGACCUGGAGGCCCAGCCGCCGCCGCCGCCGCCAGCGGUGGUGGGGUGAAGGUCAUCGCCAUGGCAACGCUGCCCCAGCAGCAGGGCGGACCCGUCCCCGUGAUGAUCCUUCCUCAGGGUUGUCUGUCCUAUGAGAGGGAAAAGGUUGCUCCACCACCACAACCUCCUCCUACUCCUCCUCAGCAGCACGCCCCUGCUGCCCCCACCUCUGUGGUCCAGAAGCCUCGAGGGAACGCCACCAAGCGCCCCCUGGAGGUGGUGACAGCCAGCGGCGCUGUGGGCGUGUCUGGAGGCCCUGCUGCCAACGCUCCUCCGGUGAAACGGAAACGUGGACGACCAAGAAAACCUCGACCGGAAGACGCCCCGCCUCCUCCUCCGCCUCCCCCUCCUCCUCCUGCUGCUGCUGCUCUGCCUCCCCAGUCCUCCCCUCCUGCACCUCCCUCCCACCCGCCCAUCAUCACCUCGCUGACAGGAGGAGUCAUCCAGAAAGCCUCUUCUUCUUCCUCCUCCACGCAGCCUGUGCUGGAGCUGGUGAUCCAGGACCAGCCAGGGUACGUUCUAAGUCCUCUGCCCGCGGUUUCGGACCCGGCUCACCGUGGGGUGGUGGUGCAGUGUCAGCCGGGCGGGACGGUGGAGACGGACCGCCACAGCCGCCCACUGCUGCUGCUCCAGAGUCCAGGACACCACAGCUGGGAGCUGGCGGCGUCGGGCCGGACCCCGAUGGUGGAAGUCAUCCAGAAAGCUCCGAGGCCGGGCAAUAACAACAACAGCAGCGGAGGCGGUCCUCCACCUGCAGCACACCUCCACCCUUCUCAUCUCCCUCUGCCCACGCUGCACGAGGAGCGAGGGGAGGUGGAGAUCACGCUGACGCCAGUCGAGCUGCACGUCAACCCGCCACUGCCCGCUGUCUCCACCUCUUCUUCUACUCCUGCUGCUCCGGCCUCCUCCAUCACCUCCAUCACUGUGGGGAAGAGUGUGGAGGAGGAGGUGGAGGAGAGCAGCGGCACCUCCUCACAGAGAGAGGGACACUAGCUCUCGUUGCUCCUCUUCUUUCUCGACCCUCCUCCCUCACUCAGCUUUACCUCACUGCAGCAAAGCCCCGCCCCCUUCGUCUGUCCUCUUCCUCAUUGGUGGAAAUCCCAGAUUGGCGAAGGCAGAGAGCCAGUCACGGAGGAUAAAUGAAGCCAAACCCUCGACUGUCCUCCAUCAGCUCCCAUUGCACUUGUAAACAGACUUUUAAAAACCUGUGAUUCUUUAACUGCAUGUCUGUCUGUCUGUCUGUCUGUCUGUCUGUCUGUCUGUCUGUCUGUGGCUGAAACCAGAAGAACGACUCCUCAAGCGGCCGCGCCUGAAAACAAACCUUCCUUUUUUGGUUCCUUCCUUGCCUCCUUGUAUCCUUCCUCUCUAAACGUAUGGUUUCCUGUGCGGAGGUGUGGUCGUCUGUUGCGUCGCUUCGCUGCUUCAGAUCAGCUGAUGUAGAGAAAAAGAAAAGAGUGAUAGAAAGGAAGGAGGGAAGACGAGUGAGUCAGGCCCAGGUGGAGUUCUGAGGUGGAUGAUACAGGUACUACGGGUCAGAGCCUUGUGAAGGCUCUUUGAGCUAAAGAUGACCUCUUUAACGGAGCGCAGCCUCGAUUCACCUUCACUUUGUGGACUUUUAGGAAACAGGGCAAUAAAAAUGGAAGUUUUCCUUGAACAGUUGAAGAGGCUGAAGAGAGUUGAGUGUGAAUCGAAGCUCGUCUCUGCAGAGUUUCUGUUCUAAACAGUUUUGGUUUGUUGUGUUUGUGUCAGUGUUGAUUUAGUAGGUGUGUGUGUGUGUGUGUGUGUGUGUGUGUGAGAGAGAGAGAGGGAAGGACGAAACAGGGCCAUAAUUAACUCCUCAUUGUCCCAAAUUAUCGUGCAGAAUGAGCCACGCUGGUGUGAAUUCAGGUGUGUAAAGAUUAAUUAGACAAAAACCACAAACGCGCCUUGUGUCAGAGGGCAGCGGCCAUGUUGGUUUGUUGUGAUUAGUUUUCCUGCCCAGUGAUCAGUGGAGGCGGGUGUCGUCACAUGUAACUCACCAGGAAGUAGUCAGUUUCAUUUCAGAUCUAGUUCCUCUUCCCUGCUGGGUAAAAACCAGCAUAGACCAGACAACAAUCUGAGCAUCACUGUUUGUUUGAAACGACCGACAGCAGCAGAUUAUUUGAGCUUCACUCUCUCUGAGACAGGAUUCGUUCAGGAUCAAAGAUGUCCUGACGACAAAGACUAGAGAGCAUCUAAACAGGUUCAGAGCACGACUCAGACUAAAACCAAAGGUUUGCCUCCCAGCUCCACUGACCACAGUGACACACAGACAAGUUUCUUUUCUGUCAUCGGCCCUUCAGACGUUUCCACCCCGUGUGCUCUUGAUGCUGAACUCGUGAGACGACAUUAGCACUUACAAAAUGUCUCCUCCUGCAUCACGCCGGACACAGUUUCCACUCCUGUUGAAUGAAACGGUGUCAGCUGAGGCACAAAGAGCGAAGCACAAAGUUUCCUGCCACGUGGCGUAAAAACACGUUAAAGAUGCAGUAAUAAAGAAAGAAAAGUAUGGAUGAGGGAUAGAAUUAGCUUCUGUAGCACUGAGGCUAGGUGAUUAGCCUGCUAGCUGACAUAGCUGUUGUUGUAUGUUGCCAUGCACCCUUUUGCACUAACUCAUCGACCACCUGUCGGCGUCAGCAAUGUGACAAAACCGCCAAAAUAAAAUCAACUCAGUUAACUAAGAUGUAAAGACAUCACAUGAUUAUAUAUUUAAUGCUGCAGCUCAUUUAUAAACCAGACUGUUAGUUGAUCUCGGCAGAUUAAAUGACACAGGAAGGUUCUGAUCCAAGCGUCCCGUAGAGUGAGCUUUUGAACGGUCCAGUGACAGUUUGCCCUCCAUAUCUGAAGUGUCCUGUUUCAUGAAUGGGACUUUAAAGUAUGAUCAUUGUUAAUGAUUCUGCUGAAGGUCCGUCAGCGUCCUCGUCCUCCAGCUGAGCUUCUCACCUGUCUUGUUUUUUUUAGACUAAAAGUCAAAAAGCCGGACAGCGAACCAGGAGGAGGUAUGUGACCCUCCGUCGUCACCGUGAUGUCACAUUGCUGUCGAUUGUUCUUCGCCAAACUGCCUCUCGCUCCUCGUGAGGGCGUCUCCUUCAUCUCUGGUGCUACAGACCGCCGGGCUCGGCACCGCCGUCGGCCUUCGCUGUUUUCCAUCCUGUAAUCAUAGAUUUGUACAAAAAUCCUUUUUUGUCGUCGCUCGCACAUCAAGGUGUGAAUACAGCUGUGUGUGUGUGUGUGUGUGUGUGUGUGUGUGUGUGUGUGUGUCCGCCCUGUGACAACGAGCGCUUCUGGCCGGUUAAAGCGGCGCUGAGACAUGUCAUGACUGUUAAAAGAUACCUGUUGCAUGAUGGGAAAGUCAGUUUAAGCAUACGUACGUACAUAGAUAUAACUGAACGUUGUCUCGGUCCUCUUUAACCGCCGGGCCUCAGCCCUGUUCAGACAGAACCAGAACAAAUGAAAAGUUGCACUGUUAAAAGGUUAAAACAAGAGAAAAGUCCUCGUAUGUCAGAGAUUGUUGUUAUAUGCAUUGAAAAUACAUCACACGUAUUUAUGAAUGGUUUCAAGUUCUGCGCCAGAUUUAUUUUUAUUGCCAACAUUUGGUCAGAAUAUUGAUUCUUGUUUAAUUUGUUGAGAUGAGAGUUUAACAGUUGGAAUAAACAGGGAAACACGUUCUGAUGUACUAAAGUAACUGAAGGAUUCAGAGAUGAACUGGCUGAAAGCAACAGUUCACUUGAUUCACAGGAAGCGGUUCUGAUUCGACUCGGUUCAUUUCAGACCUUCAGAGAUUAACAUGUAGAGGACUUGAAACACAAGAUUUAAGAGGUGGACCUGGAGACGCAGCCCUGAUGUGGGACUCCGAUCAGAACUCUAUUUUUCUGAUUUGGGACUUGGUUUCAAGACUGUGUUGGUCUCGAAGUGGUAAAUGGGUCAGAACUUUUUGGCCUUGACUUAGAGCGGACUGAAGACUUUUGUUGUUGAACUGGGACUGGACUCAGAACUUGUUCUUGAACUGGGACUGGACUCAGAACUUGUUCUUGAACUGGGACUGGACUCAGUCUGGACUGGACUCGUUGGUCUCAGCUUUGGACUUGCUUAUCUUGGUUUUCAGACUGACUGUUUUAAAAGUUGGGUGUGUGAACAAGAACUUUCUUUGAAGUCCAAUGAGAUCAAAUAAAUGAGAGCAGCUCUGUCGGGUACGGUCCCUGUCGGGUUGUCCAAGAGGUACCGGGUCAUCAGCAUGAAGUCCGACUUCAUGGUGUUCUGACUUGGUUUAUAGUUUCACCUGAUGCAUCAAGGCCCUGAUAUCAAAGUGAAAUGUUGCUUUUAGUGUCAUGUUGGAAAUCUAGAGUUGAUCUUAAAGGUUUGGACUGAAACCUGACGUGAAACAGCAGCUGUGUUCUGUCUACAGGACCAGCUGGGCCAAACUGGGCCAACUGGAAGUAUAAAAUUAGUCUGGGAAAGUUCUGGAUGUGAAAAGAUGUGGUAUGGAUCUGAAAGGAAGAAAGAAAAACACACAAGUUGAAAGUGGGAGAUGGUUCAGAGCAGGUUCUGUGAUUGGAAGAAAUUUGGCUCAGUUAAACCCGUAAACUGGAUUAACUGGGCCGGGUGGAGCUGGAGUCUGAGUGAACACCUGAAGGACCAUCUGAGAAAAUGUUAAUGCAAAGUUCUGACUCGACUGACUGGAAGUGUCCGGCGUGACAUACGUGAAAGUCUGGAAGCUCAGCUGCAGAUUGAAAGUUAAGCUCAGAAACCCAGUUUGGUUCUGAAACUGGACCAAGUUGGACUGUUGGAUGCGUCCUUCAGAAUCUGUGUGAGUAUCUGUAACAUCAGAAAAAACUUUGGAAGUAAGAAUCUAAAAGAAGUCAGAGAAAUCUCGUGUGGGGAGCUGAAGGGUCGAGACAUCCAACAGAACCGUGAGAGUCUUUGUGAAGUGGACCAGAACAGUCGGUGAAAGUAGCAGAAUUCCAGUUUUUAGCCCAGUUUGGACCUGGUUUAGGAACUCGGGGUUUGAAGGUGGAGAUGGUCGAGAGAAUCUUUCACUGUGGAGCCGCGCUGCUCAACGAAACAAAACCAGAAACGGGUCAGAUAAUCAAAGACUAAAGGAUCGGGAUUCGGGUAGCGGUGUGCUGACUGUGAAGGAUCAGACUCAGUGACACGUCCUCUGAUGUCACUUCCUGUCCUGGAGCUGACUGAAGGUGCCACAUGCAUCAUUUCUAACUUUGUUCUGAUCUGCAUUCAGUUUGACUUAACAAAUUAACAUUAACAUUAAUUAGUCAGAACGUGAACGAUGACGGAAAGUUGGACAGAAAAUCUGGACGCUUAAAUUCAACAAAGUUCCAGGUCAGGUGACGAGAUGACGAGACGAUUGUUGGUCUGAGCUGAUCCUCGUCAACCACCGCAGUCAUGUGAUGAUGAUGAUGAUGAUGAUGAUGAUGAUGAUGUGAUGUGAUGUGAUGAAGAUGAUGGCGGUGGUGGAGGUGAUGGCGAGCUCCCAGUCCAAACUGAAAGUAGCCCUGUUUCCUGUCAGAGACUCACUUCCCACUUCGAUUGUUUUAGUUUGACGUCCUAAAUGUUUGAACCGCUUCGUGUUGUUACCCUGAGUGAAGCCUCACAGGCGUCGCUACCUCGCAGGCGCAGGAACUCUGGGUAAUGAAGUCCUUCAGUGGGACUCUGACAUCAAACAGCAACAUUUAGCUCCCCGUGCUGCCAUUUUCUGUUCACUCAGUGCAAAUAAGAGAAUUUCAGUCAUUUUGUUUUUGCCAUAAAUGUUUUAAGUAAACCUGACGAGUUUCUCUUUUUUUAUUUAUUGUUGUCCUCUGUUGUUGCUGUUUCAUGCAGUUGUACAGCUUGUUGAUGUGCAGAUUUUAUUAUUAUUGUUAUUAUUACUGUUGCUAUGGAGAUCUUUUUCUUUGUGGCGGACCCUGCCGGCUCCCUGCAUGGUGUUCCUGUGACUGUUUGUCGGUUUUUGUACAUUAUUAACUUUAAAAGUUUGUUUUCUUUCCUGUAACUCGCUGGCUUUUGUGUUAUUUUGCACUUUGCUGUAAUAAUUAAAUGUUGACGUGUGGAGGUCGACAUCAGUCCAAAAAAAAAAAAAAAAGAACCUUUUCUUGUUUGCCCUUCAGUUUCAAACCAGAAUAAUCAGUGAAAUGCACCUUUACUUUACCUGUGAGAGUUCUGGCUCCGCCCCUUGUUGUUUUCCAGGAGCCUGUUUUGUUUGUUUGUUUGUUUGUUUGUUGUGAAGAGAAACAGAAAAGUGACGGAGGACAGAAGCCGGAUUCAGAACAUUAAUGUGAAUCUAUUUUCCUACACUGACGACUGGAAUAAAGGAAGUGACGUUCACUGGUA